GCAGGCGCCAAUUUUAGAAUCAGGCAUUACCUUUGGGACACGCUGUACACGGAUAUACAUCCACACAUACGUAUAGAUGUGUGUGUGUGUGUGCAUGUGUGAUUGAGUGCGUAGAGUAACACCUAUCUACACACCCAUAUACACACACACAUACGCGCACAACAACACCAACAAUGAUGACCUUUUAGCUCAUAUAUAAUUAGUGUAAUUUUUGGUAAUAAGACACUUUUACUGGCAACAGAUGGUCAGGAACAUCUACUGAUAAACACUACUGUCUCUCUAUCUCUACCUCUCUCUAUCUGUAGCUAUCUAUCUCCCUCUAUACACAUUUGUAUAUAAAUUGAUAUAUAUAUAUAUCACAUUCAGUAUUUGUGACGGCAACACCGGCAACAGUCAUUUGAAGAGAUUUCCCCAAUCAGAAACUCUUAUACAUACAAAAACAGACAAAGAAUAAACAAACACAUCGAAAAGAGAAACAACAAACACAGUGGCCAUGUACGUUGUCCAGUUACUUUGUAUGUUUUGUGCGGUCUGUGUUUGUUUAUCCAGAGAUGUUCAGUUUGAAUGGUCUUACUGUAAUGGAAAAUCUAAAGUGAUAAAAAUAAAAAAUCUAAAAAUAUGGCCGACCCCACUGAAAUCGCCAGGUAAAUUUUAUGUCGAUAUUGAUGAAGAAACCACUCAGACAUUGAACUCCUCCAGAAUUGAGAUAAAAGUAAAGAAACUGGGCUUUAUUGACUUACCUGUUCCCUGCAUCACCAAUUUUGGCUCCUGUACCUACCCGGAUAGUUGCACAGUUCUGAACGAAAUGGAGAAAUAUGAUUAUGGUGGGCUGAUGGGGCCAAUUUCUCAGACUAUAAAGAAAAUGUUCGAUAAUAACGGAGUUGUCCAUAAAUGUCCGGUUCCUCCUCAAAAAUUCUCGGUGAAACAAGCUGAAUUCUCAUUACCAAAAACGUCAAGAAUAAUGAAACGGUUUUUAAAAGGAAAUUUUGAAGCCCAAGUAAGAAUGAUAGACAACGGAAACAAAGCAGAAUUCUUUUGUAUGAAAUUCAGGAUAUCAGUGGACACCGGUUGCACUGGAUGGUUCUGUUUUCGAUGACGUCGACCCACUAAGAAUUGAUUAGAAUUGUGCAAUGAGUAUUACUCGAGCAUUCUCAUGGAAAAUGUUCAUUUUUGCAGAUUUAUUUCUAAAAAAAUUAUAAAUAACAAAUUAGCUCUUUAUUUAAUUAGAACCCAAGAAUCUUUUGUUGAAUUGUAUAAAAAAAUGUUCUUUAGCCGA